AUGGAUUCUUACAAUCCAUAUCCCCACUCAUCAAGUUAUUUAGACCUUCUUAACAGUCAACAAGAAACUCAUACCCAAGGAAACUCUUCUUAUGAGAGUUUCCCUCCUUCUGCCUACAACCUUGCUUCUGAGUUACCUAUUUGGAGUUCACAGCAAUCAGCUGCCGCACCUACAUCUGAAGAAACUCCAAUGGAUCGCAAAGAGAGAAAGAAGUGGAACAAUACUGAUGAUGCAGUACUUAUCUCUGCUUGGCUCAAUACUUCAAAGGACAUAGUUGUUGUAAAUCAACAGAAGGAAAGGCUCAAUAGUAGUGGUCAUUCGGACAAUGAUGUUCUGAAGGUCGCACACGAUAUCUACUACUCUAACCACAAGAGCAUGUUCACUUUGGAGCAUUGUUGGUGCCUAUUGAGGUAUGAACAGAAGUGGCUUAGUCUGAACACUAUCAAUAGUGGUACACCCAAAGGAAGAUCAAAGAGGAAACCUCAACAAGAUAGUUCACAUUCAACAACUAGCACGGGUGAAGACUGUGAGAUUAGACCUGAAGGGGUCAAGGCUGCUAAGGCAAAGAAGAAUAAUGGUCAAGGGAAGGCAGUAGCUGAGUAUCAAAGCAUGUGGGAAAUCAAGAAGGUGGAGAUGGCUGAAACUGAGAAGCUUCAGAAGCUUGCUAUCCUUGACACAAUACUGGCUAAGAAGGAACCUCUUUCUGAGAGUGAUGAACUUAUCAAGAAGAAGAUUGUUUCUCAGUAUUUCUGA